AUGUCAAUCAAUAUAGAUGCUGUAAAAACCUAUAUCAAGAAGGGUAAGGACGCAGUUCUCAAUACUCCAGAGAUUGAAAGAAAAGUAAAGGAUGCCACAUCAAAUGAUAAAUGGGGUCCAACAGGUACUCAAAUGCAAGAGAUAUCAAGAGCUUCAUACAGCUAG